CAGGUUCAGGUUCCGGGGCGCCGCCGAGCUCCGGCCUGUGGCCCCGCGCAGCGCUGUUCAGAUUCCGUGGCCCCGCGCCCGGCGGCGGCCAGGAUGGAGGAGGCCGGAGCGGUGGUGGCCGCGGCCGGGGAGGCGGAACUGAACCUGUCCCGCCUCAGUGUGUCCCCUGAGACGCUGGAGACGGAGCUGGAGGCGCGGGCCGAGGAGCGGCGCGGCUCGCGGGAGGCGCUGUUGCGGCUGCUGCUGCCUCACAGCGGUCUGGCGUCGCUGCCGCGGGCGCUGGGCGGCGGCUUCCCGCACCUCCAGCUGCUGGACGUGAGCAGCAACGCGCUGACGGCGCUCGGGCCGGAGCUGCUUGCGCUGCGCAACCUGCGCACGCUGCUGGCCAAGAACAACCGGCUCGGCGGGCCCGGCGCGCUGCCUAAGGGCCUGACCCAGUCGCCGCUCUGUCGCAGCCUCCAGGUGCUCAACCUCAGCGGCAACUGCUUCCAGGAGGUGCCUGCCUCGCUGCUGGAGCUGCGUGCGCUGCAGACCCUCAGCCUGGGCGGCAACCAGCUGCAGAGCAUCCCCGCCGAGAUCGAGAACCUGCAGAGUUUAGAGUGUUUAUAUCUUGGAGGAAAUUUCAUCAAAGAAAUUCCACCAGAAUUAGGAAAUCUGCCUUCUCUAAAUUACUUGGUAUUAUGUGACAACAAGAUCCAGAGUGUGCCUCCUCAGCUUUCACAGUUGCAUUCGCUUCGUUCCCUAAGUCUUCACAAUAACUUGCUGACGUACCUGCCUCGAGAGAUCCUCAACCUUAUUCAGCUGGAAGAGUUGAGUUUGCGAGGAAAUCCGCUGGUGGUUCGUUUUGUUAGAGAUUUAACCUAUCACCCUCCAACUCUCCUGGAAUUAGCUGCACGGACUAUUAAAACCCGAAACAUUUCCUACACUCCCUGUGAUCUCCCUGGCAAUCUUGUCAGAUACUUAGGUUUAGCCAGCAAUUGCCCAAACCCAAAGUGUGGAGGAGUCUACUUUGACUGCUGUGUCAGACAAAUUAAAUUUGUGGACUUCUGUGGGAAGUACCGCCUCCCACUGAUGCAUUACUUGUGUUCCCCAGAAUGCUCUUCCCCUUGCAGUUCUGCCUCUCACAGCUCCACGUCCCAGAGCGAAUCGGACUCAGAAGAUGAAGCUAGUGUUGCUGCACACAGAAUGCAAAAAGUUCUUUUAGGUUGAAAAGAAUGCAGCAUGGUGUGAAACACUGAAAGACUGAGCAAAGGUGGUUAGAAAGGAAGAGUUUGAAGUUCACUAGACACUCACCUCGUUUCCAUCUCAAAUGUCUAUAUAUGUAUUAUAGGUGAUGUAAAAGAUUUUGUGUUUCAUCUACUCCUUCAGCAGGAACAAGUCCAGCAACGUGUUUGGAUUCUUUGAAUAUAAUUUACUCUGAAUGGCAGUUUCAAAUUCAGUUGAUUGCAAUUUUCACUCAAGUUCUGCAUGAAUCACGCAGCAGAAUGAUACGUUCUGACGAGCAGUACUGUAAUAAACCAGGACUUGGCGUCAGUUGAGAUGAAGAAAGAAACUAUCAGAGCUAUAAUUAUUACCAGAGUUGGCCUUGGGUUUAGGUUGAACACUGCCAUAAAGAGGAUUAGACCUCCUUUCUGACAUUGCCCAUGUCUGAAUUACAGCACUAGGCAGAUAAACUCAGAGAUAGUUACAUAGGACUUACACUUUCCUGACCUACUAACGUUGGUAAAGUAAGGGAUGUAACUUUUGUGUGGGAUGUUAAAACUCUUUAGUUCUGCUCCUCUGUUCUACAUGGUUGCUGUUACCCUGAUGUAAUCCAGCAGUGGCUGUUAGUAUAGUGCCUUAAUCCUAAUAAGGGUAUAGAAUCUUAUUCAAGAAAUAAUGCUAGUUCUGCGUAUAACCUGACAUUUUACACAGAACACUUUAAAUAUGCUUUAUUAGAACUAGGUCAACAACUUUGUAUCUGACAUCUGAGCUCAUGGCACCUUAGCUUCAUUUUUCUGUUUAAACACGAAGUGAACCCCUGCAAGCAAAUCACUUUGACACUUUUGGGACACCACAGUCUUGAUCAGUCUGUUCAUCAUCAGACAGAUACUAGUUUUCAACAGAAAAGAGGUAAGCUAUGAAAGCUCUUAUAUAUCUUGUAUUAAAAGAGAGAAAAUGAAUUUAAAACUUUUUAACAGUCAACCAUGACUGUUUUACUUGUGCCUACGUACUGUAACUUUCUAAUACAACUGUUCAUUUAGUUGUAACUAAGCUAAUACAACUAGCCAGAUAAAAUUGGGGGCAGGAGUCAGUUUGUUUAUACACAAUAGAACAGAGUUUCCAAAGCUAGUUUUACCAUGGAUUACUUAUUGAAAAUAAUAUAUUGAUGAAAUAACAAAACUUCAUUAAAAUAUUGUAUCCUUAAAGUAUAGCAGAAAAAUAGUUUCAGAGAUUGCUAUAUGAAAUGACCAAAAAAAAAAAGAAAUGACCAAAUUUAUAUUAAUAUGUUGAAUAUGCAAUAAAAACUGAAUAAUAAUAGAAGUUGGUAUUAUAACCAACCCAACCUAGCACUCAUUAGAUAAUCAGCAUAUAAUAGCACGAUGGUUUGUUGGUAAAUGUUGCUUAUACCAUGAUGCGCAGGCUAGACAUGCAUUCGUAGAUCAGGUGACCUCUUUUCUGACUUGCUAGCAUUCAUGACUGGGGCGCACCAUUUAUAUUGCCUGUAUGUCUAGUUCACAUAUGUCUAGAUUGUUGUAUAAUAAUGAUAUAUACUUGUCUUAGGUAUUUUUCAUAUAUAUACAAUUUUUUAUUAUAGAAGAAGAUAUAGAGUAGAAUAGUUUGGAGUUUGUUAAUUCAUGAAACAUCAAGAGUUUCAUGAACUGCAGUUGUGAAACGCUGCUAUAGAGUGAAUCCCUUCACUUUGUUAUAUAAUAUAGUAAGAUUCUUUAUUACUUUGAUUCAGAAAUUUUCUGUGUCUGUAGAAGUAAUCCAGUAUGUUUCUAAUGCUUAGCAAAGCUAGUACGUGAGUGAUUACAUCAGAAAACGGAAGUGAUAAAUAGUAAGUCUACUUUGUUUACUUCCCCAUUUGAGCCAUAGCAAGCUGCGUACUAUGAAGUUAUGAAAGGUAAAGAUGACAUAGGCAAUGCUUAAAUGACAAGCCCAAAAUGUUUUGUAAGUAGAUGACUUAGUUAAGAUGCCUAAAAUAUUUUCAUAGAAAAUAAGUAAUGUAUUCAUAGUAAAAUACUCAAAUUGAUGUGAUCAGGUUUUUCUGAUUGAAAUGCUUGCUUCCCAGUUGGCUGCCAGCUUGACCUAAGUGAUAUCUUGGGUAAUCUUCUAAGAGUUAGUCUUUGGGUUGAAUAUGUAAAUGUAGCACUUAAGGUUACAUAACCCUUUCCAGCUUCCUUGAAAGAAGGUAUACAAUUGAACUUUCAUAGACAUAGAAGGGUUCAAGCAGAAACAGUUUUUGGCCUUUGCUAUACAAUGUGGAGCCCUGAUGGCAGAGUGGUUAAGCACUCAGCUGCUAUCCAAAAGGUUGGUGGUUCAAAUCCACCUCCUGCUCCUUGGAAACCUUAUGGGGGCAGUUCUACACUGCCCUAUAGGAUUGCUAUGAGUCAGAAUUGACUCGAUGGCAACAGGUUUGGGAAUUUUGGUUUUUAUACAAUGUAGAUUUAUACCAUAGUGUUUUUCAACAAAAUGUUUGUAUGGUUCUCUAUGUGUAUAAGUUUAAAAUCUACAAUCCAUGUGUAGCCAUCUUUGGUGACUUUUUAUGAAAUCUACAUUUAAGUGUUAGUUUUAUUAUUUUUUUAAAUGUUUGACCUAACCUUUUUCAAGAGCUGCUAAUAAUUCCUAAUAUUUCCCUGUUUUUUUUUCCCCCUAACUUCUCUGUUUUCCUAACUGGUGAUCAUAGAGAUUAACCAGAAGGUAAGAUAUAAGGGACCUGAUAAUAUGGAAAUCAAAUAAUCAGCUCCCAAGCCAUAGACUGUAUAUUUAAAAUGAUAGCCUAUCUCUUUAGUUGCUAAGUCACAUGUUUGUGUUGAAACUACAGUUAAUAAACUUUAACUGUUUUUUUUAGUGAUUUCCAAAACCACAAAGCCUGAUUUUCAUAAUAAAAUAAGAUUUUUAUAAUGCUCCACUUGAAUGAUUUUAGCAACCAAAACUUUCGUGGACCAAAGCAUUAAUAUUUGUAGAAUGGGAUUUUUCAGUACUAAUACUUGAAAUUGGGAUGGGUAGAGUACCCAUUCUUAAAAUCUUUAUUCCUCGAAUCCAUUUCUCAGUGUCAUCAAACUGUGUUGGUGAAAUAGUUCUAGGAUUUUAGGAAAUAAGAUGAGCUAAUACAAUAUUUUGCUUCCACAGUGCCAGGGAUUGGCUGACUUUAGGGCAGGCUCAUCAGGACUCUCAGUAUUACUGGUGUUUGAGCUGUGGAGGUAGAUCUGAGGGUGAUCAUUCACGUUUUACUUCUAAAUGCAUGCCAGAGGGGUCUCCUGUUCUAAAAUUCCUAGUAUUUGGAACUUUGUUUGCUAGCUUUAAACAGACUUGCAUUGUAAACUGUACUUCAAGUAAAAGAAAAUUUUGUGUUUAUGUAAAUAAAAUUAAAAGGCAGCCCAUACUAGCGCAGGGAAACACUGCAGACCAGUUCUACCAGACAUUGUAAAUGUCAGUUUUAAACAACAGGAGGGAAGGCAGAGGCUGAUUGCUGGAGUAUUACAUGAAGGAAGCCUUUAAAGGCCACGAAGGCAGGGAAGGGGAGUGAGCAGACUCCCAGGGAGAGCCCAGAGCCAGGAAGCCUGCUAAAGUAAUAGUGAAUUGUUUAAAAGUUUUUAAGUGGCCCACUGACUACCAUCGGAAAGCCUCUAUCACAGAUUUGUUCAUUUCUGUCGGAAGUUUGUUCACAUCCCUCCAUAAUGAAAAGUCAGCAACUAGUGGGAACUUCUUAAUCGCCAACCUUGAUCUUCCCAAAGGGAAAGAGUGAUACCUCAUUAAUCUGGAAUUUGUGGUACAGCAAGUACCCUUAGGUUAAUGUUUACUUUUUCACUGUGUAAAAAAGAAAAAAAAAACACUAAGCAAAUAAUUAGGACAAAUAAAGUUUGACCUUUUAAAGCAUUUUGGCAGUAACUUUAUGUAAGAAGCUAAUGGGUAUUAUUCCUAAAUCUUCGUAAGACCUCUUACAGACAAAAUUUUAUCAGUUGCGAUAUGUGUAUGUAAAUGAUCUAUGCUGCAUUUAUUUAGAAAUAUCUAAUUUUUACCCUCUUUCCUCUAAUUCAAAGUAGAGAUUUUAUUAUGUUGGUAUAAGUAUUACUCCUCAAUUAAUCCAAAAUAAUGAUCUUCUAAGUUGUGCUGGGUGUGUAACAGUAAACACCCAUAUACAACACUGUUGUAUAGAUAUUUAGGCACUAUGACCUGUAAUACAUAGUUCUGAUUUCCCCUGUAUAGAAAAGAAGCACUUGGCCUUCAUUGUUGCUGUAUUAACUUCUACACCCUAUGGAACAUUAAUGAAUGUAAUAGCAUCCAUUUUUGUAUUUUCAUUAUAGUCAUGAUCUCUUCAUUGGUAGCAGUGCCUUCAUUUUUGAUCAGAAUGUCUGUGCCUUAAGCUUGGGGAACUAGAAUUUGUUUGUGAUAGACCCUUUGCACUUGACUUGAGGGAGAAAGACUGAUCCUGAGAGAUUCCUUCUCCCAGAAUAGGGCCUAAUGUCUCUGAGUCUAGGGCUUCCAGGGAGGGAACCCCAGUCACGCGCACUGUCACAGAAGGUCAUAGCCACAAGGAUUAGGUGUCCCCUGAAAUAAAAUCAGUGAAAAGGUAUAUUCUCUUUUGUGUUUCAUAAAGAAGAAUUAUGUGAUACCAUUGAAGGAUUACAGUAUUUCCUAAUCACCUUCAUAUUUAUAACAUCAUACAGCUGCUAACCAAAAGGUUGGCAGUUCAAAUCCACCAGCCACUCCUUGGAAACCCUAUGGGGCACUUCUGCUCUGUCUUAUAGGGUCUCUGUGAGUCGGAAUCGACUCGACGGCAACGGGUUUGGUUUUUUUGGUUUUUUAAAGAUAUUACCAUGAGGCCCAGUAUUUUUCUCAUUUGGCUUGCUUUGUAAUGCUAUGGUGAAAUGGGGCAUGUUUUAACAUUUUUACAUGUAAAUAUCUCCAUUCUUUUUCUCUCUCCCUUUGGCCCAUCUUUAUGGAUGUGGAAAAUAACAGUUUACUGUCAAACAUUACACAUUGUUGAAUACUCACAGGGUAAUAGUAAUUUGAGUGCUGCUAGACUUUUACCUAGCAUUGGUCAGUCUCAAUUACUGUUUUAAAGGACAGUAUUCAAUCUAGUAGAUAAGAAGGUUACUUAUAUACAGUCAUACCAGAAAGCCGGCGUGGAGAGACCCUCUGUAUUCACCAGAACUUUUCUUUCUUUGACUGUGAGUAAAUUGGAUAAGACUGUUUUAUUCUAAAUUCCAGUUAGGGGAGGAAACUAGAAAAAGAUUGACAUUGCUGUUGCUGAUACUGGGGGAAAAAAAUUACUAAAUUACUUUUUCUGUGUACACCAGUGUUUUAAGAGAACCCUUUCAUUGACUGAAAUGGUUGACAUUGAUGUAUUGAGAAAGACUUUUAAGCUCAACAGUCAUGUGGAGAUCUGUGUGCCUGCAAUUGAAGUUUGCAUUUCUGAACCUACUUUGUAUUCAUGGGAAACAAAAACACAGUGGGAGAAAUUUUUAGAAUAACCAGUAUUUUUAAUUUUUAGAAUGUUUGGGAUUUCAAGGUAUCAACAAAGGAUACUGAAAAGAUAGUUACUUUUACUUCGGUCAAAUGGGUUUUUAUGAUCUGAUUUCUUUGUUUUCUGAAUUUGAAAUCUUGUGAAUUAGAAACAUCUAUAUUUAUAGAUAUAUAGAUAUUGAAAACAAUGAUAACAAUAAAUGUAAUUCAGUGACAUUAUUCAACAAUUAAAUUUUAUUUCACGGCAAGAUAUAGUUUAUUGCUUCAAAUUUACAUAGUAUCUUGUAAUAGUAAAUGCUUCAAAAAGAAUAAGCUACUUCAAUUCUAUUACCUUUUUCCCCUUGGAACAUACAAAAGAAUGUGGUCUUGUAUUAAGUAACCCUCUGUGUGAAUUUUGCCUUAACAAACAUUGUGCCUAAUUUUAUUAAAAGUGUUUUGUUGGAAUCUGACUCUAUUCUGAAAAAUUAACAGUGUUCUAAUUUUAAUUGACAAGCAUUUUCUUUAAAAAAAAUUUAAAAAAUCCUUGUAAUGUUGGUAUUUGGUUACUUGCUGUACCGUUGCUCAUCUGUUUAUUCAAUUUAUUCAAUGCAUGGAUGCAUACAUUAAGCAUUUACUCUCUGCUAGACGAAAGGGAUAAAAGAUGAAGUAGACCAUAUCUCUGUUUACUAGAGUUCCUUCUGUUUCCACAGUCUCAACAAAUUUAUAGAUGCAUCCUCUAAAAAGAAAUUGGUGAGAUCAUCUUGCUGGCUAUGGUUAGUUACUUCUUGCAUUUAGUCCAAAAUAACACCAUCUUAACCCAAAGUAUUAUAGUACUUUGUAUAAUACAAAGGAUUGUAGUACUCAGUAUUAUAACUGAGCACAGUGAUAUUACAACACUUCACAUUACUGUUGUCUGGUGCCAUUACUUUAGUGACCUUAGAGUACCUGACAUCAUUUUAGAUUCCAGAAUUUGUAGAAUACUGUGGUUUUGAAUUGGCGUAAACGGAUGGAUAGGAAAAACACAUUCGUUGUAAAAUAUCUAAUGUUCUAAAUUUUUUGAGAUGGGAAGUUCAUCACUUCCCUGGCUAGUAUAUCAAGAGGCUCCUUGGAAAUACACCUGGUGGGGGUGUUCUCCUUAGAACUAGUGUCUGGAGAAAUUUUUCUUCUGUAAUGACUUGUCUGACUCUUUGUAGAUACUAAGUAGGAAGGUGAGAUGUUUCAGGGAAUAUGUGACUCACUUGUUUGAGAGAGAAAAAGACUUUUCCAACACUCCACAGGCUGAAUCUUGACUCCAUGCCUCUGGAUUCCCACUUGGGUGCUGUUUCCAUUAUAGUUUGCUCCUUCUUUUAUUUAACACUCUGACAGGAAAUCAGUAACCGUAUUGGUGCUGCACUGUAGCUGGCCUGCCAGCAUCAAAGUUGUGUUGCUGCAGUACAUUUGUUCAGUGUAUACAUUUUCAGAAUUUUAGAUCUGGGGGGGCCUGUAGAUAAUAGUAAACAUCUGGGUAGUUCUUAACUGUUUUCAAAGCACAUUCGAGAGCCUACCUUAAUCCUCAUGACACUGAAGUAGGUAGUUCUAUAUUUGCUGAAGUUUGUUGAUGUGUCUGUCAUACUUUUGCCCCUUGGACUUUAAAAUCAACUGAGAAAAUGACAUAUAUCUCAGGGAUCUAAACAUCAGCUUUAUCAAAUUGGAAAAUGGUGCUAUUUUAUAUUCUUUUCCCUAAGUUGAAUGUAAUCACUCAAAACCACAGGUUCCCCUCAGGAGCUGCAUCUAUCUCAUGUCUGACUAGACCAUACCUCUUUGGACAGGCAGAUCCAAAAGAAAAGGACAGAUCAAAUGGUAAACCCUUUAAUGCUGCCCAGCAGAGAAACCUGGGCCAACCGUCAUCAGACUGGCACUUACUGAGGAGAUAGUCUUCAUUCUACAGAGGGGAAAAAAGAUCCUGUAAAAGUUUCUUCUGGGCAGCUGUCCUCACAUCUGGCUACAUAUUAAAAUCAUCAGAGGAGCUUUUAAAAUACAGAUGCCUAGGCCCCAUUCUCAGACUAAUUGGUACCUGGUCUCCAGAGGUGGAGUCUGGACAUCGAUAAUUGUAGAAGUUCUCCUAGUUGACUCGGUCGACCAGCAAGGGUGAUAGCGGUGCUUUAGAGGAAGUACCCUCACGGGAACUUGAGGUCUGUGACUAGGGUUUUUCUUAAGUGAAGAAAUGGGCCGAAAGUGACGUAGUAACUUAUCCAAGUUUUCUUAGAUAAAUAGUGCUGGGACUAGAAUUCAUUUAAUUUUUUUUUUUAUUGAAUGCCUACUUUGGACCAGGCAGUGGUUGCUAAUUCAGAGCUCUUUGCUUCUCCCUGUCAGUCACUUUUCUUCUGAACUGAAAGUGUUUUGAGGGUGUAAAAUGGCAUCUUCAAAUGGACUGGCAACACUGAAACCAACUUCAGCUAAGGCAGAGUAUCUGCAGAAUCAUAGAAAACAAAAGCAGCAAACAGAUCAAGUUGACCAGAAACAUCAUGAAAGGACGGCUUGGUCAGUAUUUCACGUACCUGUUGGUUGUAGCCACAAGCCAAGAGAUAGUGCUUCCACGUGUGAGGAAAACCUUCUCAUGUCAUGCACUGGUUCUUCUGAGCUCAGGCAAAUACAGAGCUAACAUCAUAAGCAGCAGUGAUGAAUGACAUUACCAGAAAAGGUAAGAAAAUGUAGACAUCUCCCUAGAAGAAAACACUAUAGUUAGUCCAUAAACAUAGAUUCCCAUGAUAGGAAACAGAACAAUUCAACUCAAGUAAAUAUUGAUAUAAGCACUAUGUGUGAUUUCUACUCUAGUUUCUUUUAGAUCUAGCUAUGAAGUUAGAUAAUUAUUUUCCUGCUUAAAUCUGAAUAAGAAUGCCUUCUUGAGACUUACGUAAAUAUAUGGAAAGUUUAAAUGGAAAAGAGUAAAUUCAUGAUGUCAUGGGAACUCUGAAAAAUAAAAUAUUCUUAAAAUGUUAUGAUGGGUAUUUCCUUCCUACAAAUAAAGAUUGAGUUUAAAAUGUU